AUGCACUUUGAAACGUUUUUUUUCGGUAUUGCUAAACGAAAAACCGAUGAUUCUAAACGGUUUAGACUACAUAAUCAUAUAUUUGAUAGGGAGCCAAGUGAGGCUAUCAAGCCUUACUUGCAAAGAGCCGGUUUUGGACAUGUCUCCAAAAUUAAUUUUAGAAGUGUUGAUUCUAAACUUGUAAUUGCGAUGCUUGAGAGGUGGAGGCCCGAGACACACACGUUUCAUUUGCCAACUGGUGAAUGUACAAUCACAUUAGAGGAUAUAAAUAUGUUGUUUGGCCUCCGCAUAGAUGGAAGGGCUGUAGUAGGUGAAACCGAAGGUCCUGAUUAUGCAUGUAUCGAUGCUUUAGGCAUAGAACCUAUAGUUUUAUUUCCUGAUAAAUCUCAUAACGUGUUGCAUUCUUCUUGGUUCAAAUUUGUCAAAGAUUUUGAUGAAUGUGGCAAAUAUAGUUGGGGAUCUGCGUGUUUGGCUUACCUUUACAGGGAGUUGUGCAAAGCGUGUCGUGUAGGAUGCAUGAGUCUUGGAGGCUGCUCACUCAUUCUCGCUGUGUGGACAUACUAUCGAAUUCCACGACUUGCUCCAAGGAGUGAAAUUGCUCCAUCCUAUCCAUACGCCACUAGGUAA